AUGACUUCUUUUGAACCCAUUUAUUAUACCUAUGUACCCACUGCUGCGCGUUCCAGGAGGGCAACCACUCAGAAGCAUAGCUUUCCCGUCGAGGAGCAGCAUAUUGUGCCAGAUCGAAGAUUACUUGACGAUACUCAGAGAUCAAAUGAUGGUAAUGUUUCAGGCUCAGAACUUCAAGAGAAUAAUGAUACAGAAAACGUUGUCGAUAAUGACUACAAUAUCGAUCUCCCUACAUCAUAUAGCAUAUCACAAGUGAAUACAGGAGAGGAUUCAAGCUUGGAAAACAAAAUUUGGGAGGAUAGGAUAGCUUCGCCAAGAACAUAUGAUGACGAUUCUUCAUCAAUUGAGAUAGUCCUUGAUCCUCGUUUAUACCAGGAAACCUUGAUAGAAGGAUUACAAAAGGGUUAUGACACUCAAGAUACUCUAAUGCUAGAAGACAAUAAAUCAAAUUCAGAUGAGCAAGAGAAUUUCUCAACGGGUGGCUCCCAUUCUCCUUCUGUGGACUACUCAAUCGAGCCAUUGGAUCCUUUGACUAUUCGCGAUCAAGAUCAGAGCGAUUCCAGCUACAGUGACCCUGAAGAGCUUGAGCAUGGAUCUUCACCAUACUUCCUUCAACAGCACGGGAACAUAGCUAUAGAGUCGAUAAAGGAGGGGGAAAAUAAUGAGCAACAGGGAUGCAGAAAGCGGCGACAUCUAUCCGAAACUGAGAGUGACGACAAUACACGACCUGCAAAACAGCGAAGAACUCGGUCACUUCCUAUCGACAACGAGCAAACCUCAUCCCGACAUAAUGGUGCAGAAGGUCAUCCUUGGCCACGUCCUAUCAUCGGUCCAUCCUCCAUUGCUCCAUCUACUAUGAUCGACUCCUCCACAUUGAACUUUGGUGGGCAUUCACCAGCGACCAGCGAUGGCAAUCACUACUAUUCACCACCAUCCGCACAAAGUCCCUCUCUUGCAGAGCCAGCACCAACCGCCGAAUAUCAGGAAUGGCCCUUCCAAGGAUUUCUUAAGCGUACUAAGAUCAGAAAUGAUACAAUCUACAAUCUCGAGUUUCGGUUACAAGAUGUUCCAGAGCAUCUUCAUCUCCCUAUUCUUUCCGAAGCAUUUGGCAUUGUCGAGGUUGCGCAGACCCCGCCCCCUCAUAGCAUUCUACAUUCCAGAGUACAGCCAGCAAGAUUGCGGGCUAAGGGGAAGCGCGUUCGUUGGGAACCAAAAGAACACGAGACGAUACUCAGGAUGAAGGAGAGCGGAUGCUCCUGGGAGGAGAUCCAUUAUGCCCUUCCGCAUAGAACUCUAGCCGCAAUACAGGUGCAGUAUUCUACGAAACUCAAAAAAUAA